UUUUAGAAAAUCUGAUCAAUGCAUUGAAAUAAUGAUGCAAAGGACUCAAUAAAAUAUCAUAAACCAAACUGUAUCGUAUUGCAUCCCACAUGGACUGAUUCAGAACCUACCUAAAUUCACUCUUUAGAAAAAACCAUGAUUCAUGGUGUUUGCCAAUAUGCCACCCAACUGGAUCAGAUUGUAUUUUUUUAUCAUUGUUUUUCUUUUUUAGUAUUAGGAAAUUAUGUCCUUUUUUCUUAGGUUAGGUUCUGAUUGGUUCACUUUGAAAAAGGCGGCCUUAAGUACGGUAUUUCUCUUCGUGGUUAAGUUACUUCAUAGUUUAAACCCUUCAGAAAACUCCCCCUUGUGAAACUAAAGAUAACUUUUUGCCCAAACAAUCUUGCUUUCUUGGUUAUGGAGGAGUCCUCAAACGCCAUUGUUGAAGAAAGAUUUGAGCUUAUGGCUUCACCAGCUGGUAAGAACCUUAAAGUAAGAAUGGCCCAUUUCAUCACACCUUCCAUAGGCUUAGGUUGCAUUGAUGAAACACCGGUUGCUAACCUCACAAGACGUUGUCUUUCCUCUUUGCCAACCACUUUUGAGCCCAAAAAAUGGCCUUUAGAAGUCAAAUUCUGUGGCUGGAGAUGUCCACAAAGGAAUUGGAAAACUUGGGUAGUCGAGAUGGCUUCUUUGCACGAAUCUACAUGGAAGAAAGCAGGUAUUUUCGAAGCUAUCAUGAAUUCUACGUAUCAGAUAAAUAGAAACAAUGAUUUGGUGUUUGGGGUUGCUGAAAAAUGGUGCCAUGAAACCAAAAGUUUUCUUUUUCCUUGGGGUGAAGCAACGAUUACAUUGGAAGAUGUCAUGCUCUUGGGGGGUUAUUCUCUUUUGGGGUCUCCUGUUUUCACCCCUGUUGAAACAGAAAAAAUGGAGGAGACAAGGGAGAAACUUAACAAUGCAAGGAAAGAAAUCAACAGGAGUGCAUCUAAAAAGGUUUCCCAUAACCUAUGGAUGAGGAAAUUCAUCAACAGUGAUAGCGAAGUCGAGCAUGAGGCUUUUCUUGCAUUGUGGUUAUCAAGGUUUGUUUUACCGUCUUCUUUUGAUGUUGUUGCUGAAAGUGUUUUCCCUAUUGCUAUACACCUUGCUAGGGGGACUAGAAUUGCGCUUGCACCUGCUGUUCUUGCUAAAAUUUAUAGAGAUUUGAGUUGUUUAAAACAAAAUAUUGUUGCUUCAACACUGUUAGAGUCCAAUUGUGAUGAUGAAAAUGUUGCACUAGCAAUUUCCCUUUGGUCACCACUUCUAUUAGUCCAGGUUUGGAUCUGGGAGAGAUUUUUGGACUUACGGCCAAAGCCUAAUUUGAUUGAAAAUGGUAAGCCAAGGUUGGCUUUGUGGGAUGGCCUAAAUAGCAAAGUGCAAGAUGUGAGGUCAGUUCUAGACUCAUCCAAGGAAAGGUUUGAGUGGCGUCCUUAUGUUCGGAAAGUAACAAACUGUGAUGGUGCUAAGUUUUAUGGAGACAAGGCGAAAUGGAUAUUAAUUGAUUCAAGUUUUGAUGAUGAAUUGCUGUCAUUUGCUCGAUGCUUGAGGGCGUCGGAGCUGGUCGGACUUGACUGUAUAGAGCAGUACCUUCCACAGCGAGUAGCAUUGCAAUUUGGAAUGGAUCAAGAUAUUCCUGGUUGUGUUUCCCGUUCAAAUGAUAGUCCUGAGAUUGCAUGGUCUGAUUACAUUAAGUCUCCUGGUGGUGGGAAGUUAUACAUUCCGCCCACGCAUUUUGAGGGAGAUGUUACUACUCAGUACUUGAAAUGGUGGACGCAAUCAGUGUUGAGCCUGCAAGAGCAAAGAAGUUUCACAAACUUCAGCAUAACACCAAAUAGAGCAGAGGGAAUGAAUGGAAGUAAUGUGUUUACCAGUUGUAAGAUGAUUCCGAAGAGCUUGAAACGACCAAAGCAAGAUGAUACUUGCAUUGGUUUUAAGAGAAUGCCAAAGAAAUUUAAAGGGAUGAGAAAAGGUAAGGGCUUUUCUGGAUCUAACAUAAACCCAAAGAAAUCGAAAAGAGCAAAGGAAGGUACUUCUGCGUCAACUCGACCUGAUUUCCAUCUCAAGAGUUUGAAGAGAUCAUGCCAGUUUUUAAAACAAAAGGAGAAAGGUAACAAUGCCACUUCUGUUCUUGGUUCUCCACUGAAAAGAUUGAAAAGGUUAUCACAAAAUCCAAAAUGGAAGAAGGAAGUUCAUAAUGCAGGUUUUGUAGCUCGAAGCUCAGAAAGAAAGAGGAAAGGCAACACUACACCAGUACCUCAUGUAUUUCCUCCAAGGAGUUCAAAAGGUCUAGCACUUGGUUCAGAAGUAAACAGUGAAGAUAAGAAUGAGACUACUUCAGCUACCUCUCAUUCUAAGCCUUUAAAAGAACUAGCGCUUAGUUUUGUAAUUCGGAAGGAACUUAAUAAUUCUGCAGUUCCUCCUGGUUUUCCUCCUGAAGGCAAUAUGUUGCAAGCCAAUGGUUCUGUUAAUGAAGAUAAGGUGACUGCCCCAGUUCUUCCUGGUUUUACCCCCAAAUGCAAUGUGGUAGAAGCCAAAAGUUCUUUUAAUGAAGAAAAAGUGACUCUUUCAUUUCCUUCUGGUUUUCCUCCUAAAGCAAACAUGCUGAAAGCCAAAAGUUUUGUUCAUGACAAUAAGGUGACUGCUCCAGUUCCUCGUGACUUUACCCCCAAAUGCAAUGUGGUAGAAACCGAAAGUUUGAUUAAUGAAGACAAAAUGACUCCCUUGAUUAAUCCUGAUUUUCCUUUCAAAUGUGUUGAUGAAGAAGUGACUCCAUUAGUUCCUCCUGGUUUUCCUCCCAAAUGCAAUAUGGUGGAAGGCGAGGGUUCUGUUCAUGAAGAUGAAGUCACUCCCCUACUUACUCCUGGUCUUCCUUCCAAACGCAGUAUAGUUGAAGCCAAAGGUUCUGUUGAUGAAGCCGAAGUGACUCCCCUAGUCCCUCCUGGUUUUCCUCCCAAAUGCAAUAUGGUGGAAGCCAAUGUUUCUGUUGACGAAGACGAAGUGACUACCCUAGUUGUUCCUGGUAUUUCUCCUAAUAUACUUGAAGUCAGGGAUGUAGUCGAAGAUAAAGUGACCGAGAAAAUUGCAAGAUCUGCUAGCAGUCGUGACAAUAUGGCAAAUAAAGUGGGUAGAUAUGAUGAGAAGUCAGCCAGUCAUUGUCGAAGUCUUUCUUUGGGUUCUCAUGAUGAAGAUCAACUGACAGUAGCAGAAAUGUUGAAAUCUAAUGACAAGCUUGACAAUGUUGACUACAGAGAUGCUGGAGAGAACUCAUCAGGUCAAUAUCAAAGUUUUUCCUCUUCAAUCGCAGAUAAUGAACUUCCAAGAUGUGAGCUGAUAACAACACUUGAAGCAGCAAUGGUUAUGCCAGCUGAAGCUGCAAAUGGAGGUUCAAAGAGAGCUACCAUUCAAGAUGCAAUUGAAAGUAAUGAUGGGAGGCCUGCUGAUAAAACGAUGGGAAACGAUGAUAGUUCAGAUGAUAAAGCUGCAAGUAUCCAUGACAUUGAGGGUUAUGGUAAUAGCUGUCUAAAUGAGAUAUCAAAGCUACAUCUCGAAGCACGAAUUAGCAGGCUGGAAAGACUGGUUGCUGAGAUAAAAGCAGCAAGGAAAGUUAAAGUCAUUAAUAACGGCAUAUGUUAAUUCAGUUUUGUCAUUUUUUGGCAAUUUCUGAUCAUCAGUUAGAAGUGAGCUUGCUGGAGGAAGUAGACGCUGUGAUCGAGAACCAGCUAGUUAUGGAAGACCAUGCUUUGAAGCUAACUGAUUUGUUUAGUUAGCAUUCAUCUCUGCCAAAAGCUAACUGUAAUUACUUUAAGCUUCUCUACAGUAAAACCUAUGCAAUUGUCUUCUUCCUAGCCACAGCGAAUGAAUGGUAGCUCCAUAGGCAGAUGUAUAGUUUGAAAAUUUUCAUGAUUUUGAUGCUGUUCUAUUUUGGUGAUUCGCGUUUAUUAUAAAUUCGGAAAUGACUUCGCCUACCAUGCUUUGUUCAUGCACUUGAUGGAUCACUGGUGAUC